AAAGCUGAGUAGUGAGCGUAACAGCAUAAACCCGAAGAAGCGUGCAGUCCAAGCGAAAGAGUCGCCUGAACCCCCACCCACUCCACCGGCCCGCCCACACUUUGCCGGCCAACGCAGAUUACCCCCUAAACCUAAAUAUCCCUUCUUUCUCUCAUUAAUACUAACCUCCACGCCCCAUCCCUCCCUCCAAUAUACGCCCGCACGUAUGUACUAUGCCCAUUUCUAUGGCUCUACGCUUAGGACUCACAGGUUGCUUGUAUAGGAAAAAGAUCAAAAUUUGAGGAUUCCUUUUUGGCCUAGGGUUUAAUUUAUUGUCCGGGAACUUGCUACUUUUAAGCGUGAGUGAGUUUGAAGGUGGUGUGGUUGAGUGAAUGGGCGGCGAUGAGGAAGUCUUUUAAAGAUUCACUCAAAGCGCUGGAAGCUGAUAUUCAGCAUGCCAAUACUUUGGCUUCUGAUUAUCCAAGGGCAUAUGGAGGUGCUUGCCUUCAAAUGAGGCUGUCAUACAGCCCCUGUGCACAUAUCUUUCUGUUUCUUGUUCAGUGGGCAGAUUACAACCUUGCUGGUGCUCUGGGAUUGCUCAGGAUCCUUAUAUACAAGGCUUAUGAGAAUGGUAAGACAAGUAUGUAUGUUCAUGAAAGAAAAGCCAGCAUAAGAGAGUUUUAUGGGGUGAUAUUCCCUUCUCUCUUGCAACUUCAGAGGGGAAUUACUGAUGUGGAAGAGCGGAAACAAAGAGAGACAUGUGAGAGUAAAUACAGCAAGAGAGAUGAGACGAACAAGGGAAAGUUUUCCGAAAUCGAAUUGGAGAGGGAGGAGGAAUGUGGGAUUUGCUUGGAGUUGGAGUCCAAGGUUGUUUUGCCUGACUGCAGCCAUGCUUUAUGCAUGAAGUGUUAUAGAGACUGGCGUACUCGAUCGCAGUCAUGCCCUUUCUGUCGAGAUAGUCUGAAAAGAGUGAAUUCUGGGGACCUUUGGAUCUACACCAACACUAGCGAAGUCAUAGAUUUGGGCGCCAUAGCAACGGAGAACUUGAAGAGACUUCUGUUAUUCAUUGAAAAGUUGCCUCUCCUGCUCCCAAAUUCAACACUUGUGUCCUACUAUCCCCAUUAUCGGUGAAUGCCUACGAUGAUUCUUUUUAGUUUUUUUUUUUUUUCAUUAAUUUUGUUCUUCCCCUUGAUUCUUCAUUUCAUCAAAGUUGUUAGCUGAUGGAUGUGUUGGGUGGUUGGCGGUAAAGAUUCAGAAAUGAGCAGAAGGUGUGAGCAUUGUACGGACUACGGAGUAUUUCUUUAUCUGUUUUAGUUAUAGUUAUUAGAUAUAGGAAGGAGGGAGUAAGGUAGAAACAGUCCAAACAGAUUUCUACGGACUAUUUUUUGAUACUCCGUAUGACAUUUGAAGAUGCCAUUCGCAGGUUGAGGAUAAGAGCAUCUCUAUUUGUAGUAAGAGCAACUUCAUUAGUAG